ACAUCUUUUGCCUGAAAUCGUCCCUCUUCUCUUCUCUCUGAAGCAAAAGAGAUGGCUCUCUCCUUUGGCUUCUAUUUUCUUCCGUUUUCCAUAAUCUGAACUUCCUCCAUCAUCUCCCUCAUUCGCCCAAUCAAUCUUCAUCAAAUCCCACUUGUGCAAGAAUCUCUCUUUUCUUUUCUGUUGCCUGACCCGUACAAAACCCACAAAGCUUUCAUACAGAAUCGCCGUAGAUUGUGAUGGGGCCGGGCGUGGCCUUGUCUGGCGCGGCAAAACAGGCCGAGCUUCUCAGAAAGGACGGCAACCACUACUUCCAGAAAGGUCGACUCGGAGCCGCCAUCGAAGCCUAUACCGAGGCAAUUACGCUUUGCCCCAAUGUUCCUGUGUAUUUGACGAACCGUGCUUUGUGUCAUCGCAAGCGGAAUGAUUGGAAGAAGGUGGAGGAGGAUUGCCGGAGAGCUAUUCAGCUUGAUACCAAUUCUGUCAAGGCACAUUAUAUGUUAGGACUAUCAUUAAUACAAAAUGAAGAAUAUCCAGCAGGAAUCAAGCAUUUGGAGAAGGCUUUGGAUCUUGGUAGGGGGGCAAACCCGAAGAGUUAUAUAGUAGAAGAGAUAUGGCAGGAGCUUGCAAAAGCAAAAUACAGGGAGUGGGAACAAGCUUUCACCAAACGUUCAUGGGAAUUGCAAACCUUGAAAGAAGCUUGUGAGGUAGCCCUUGAACAAAAGUAUUUUCUUGACCAUUCUGAACUAGAAGGGUUCAUAGACGAAGCCGAUAUUGCUCAUCGGAAACAGUUAAAGGCUGUAAGAAGUGUGUUCGAGAAAGUUGCAGAUGCGGAUGCGCCAUCUGAGGUGCCUGAUUAUCUUUGUUGUAAAAUCACGCUUGAUAUUCUUCGCGAUCCUGUUAUUACACCUAGCGGGGUUACAUAUGAGAGAGCGGUGAUUCUUGACCAUUUCCGGAAGGUGGGUAAUUUCGAUCCCAUCACGCGUGAGCUACUCAGCGAGUCACAGCUAGUACCAAACUUAGCCAUAAAGGAAGCAGUACAAGCAUUUCUAGAUAAACAUGGAUGGGCUUAUAAUACAGAUUGAGGAAAGUUAUCUUUAUUUUAUGGGGAACUCGAUCAAGUUGAUGGUUAUGCCUGUCAUUAGCUAAUGGAAAACUUACCUCGUGCCUGUGUCGUUAAUCCUCUGAUCAUCUCCUCGAUUUCUUCUGUAUUCAUUGUCAAUUCUGCUUUGUUGUAUCAUCUCAUGCUUUCCAUGACAUUCUGAGGGUGUACCGUCAAUUAAGUGUAUGAGGUCCUGUCUUUUGAUUUGCUCUUGUGCAGAUUGUUGUUAUGAUCUGGUAAUUUUCUUGUACAGUUCCUACUUAAAACCUUGAAUAUGGCUUAGUUGUUAGAAGGCUCUGUCCAGAUGAUUUCAAUGGAAAGUCUCAACUUACAUUACAGGACA